AUGCUCCAGCAAGGAUAUUGCGAUCUAACACACGCGGACUUAUCAAGUGGUAGUGAAACGAACAAUAAUACACCGUUUUCGGUGAAGGACAUACUCAACAUGGUCGAAUCAGGUGCGGGUGUCAUGGAUGGCUAUCUAAACUGUCAAAUGGAAAGUGCUCCUAACCACUUCUCAUACACGCCUUACACCGGCUAUGAAGCUUCCUAUCAUCCACCGGAUCCGUACGGCAUGAUUUCCCAUGGAUACCUAUCGCAGGCACACCAUCACCAUGACCUCAACUAUGGAUCCUCCACGUACGAUUUUAGCUCGGCUCCUGUUCCUUCGACCGUCUUGCCACCACAUUUGCCUCCACCACACUACACGCACACCCAAUCCUACGGCUAUCACAACGCAACGCUCAGCUCGGCGGCCACCCUCUCAGCCCACUCGACUUCCAGUCCGGCGCUCAGUUCCGUGGCCAGCUCGGUAGGAUCCGAGCUGGAGCUAGGAGCUUACGGCAAUCCGGAAAAGCCCACGGCAAUGAGCGAACACGAACAUCCGUGCACUAGCUUUCUGCUGCAUGACGUAAGACCCACCCUGCUGGACACUAGCACUCCAUUGGAUAAUGCCUCGGACACGAGAAGUCCUCACGAUGGCAUCAAGGUGAAAGAGGAGUCCUUUUCAAGCGUUUCCACAUGCGUUACUUCGGAGCACGUGCAGGAGCUGGACAGUCUCUGUCAGCUGAACAACAACACCACCAUGGAGGAGGAUAUGUUGCAAAAAGAAUGCAGCACCCAACUCGUCACAUCGUCCCGCUGCGAGUUGCGCAAGAACGGUAAGCUGCGGGCAAAACGGAAGCCACGCAUUCUGUUCUCCCAGGGCCAGGUGUUGGAGCUCGAGCGAAGGUUUCGUCAGCAGCGCUACCUAUCGGCACCGGAACGCGAAACACUCGCCAGCAUCUUGAAGUUAACGCCAACGCAGGUGAAGAUAUGGUUUCAAAACCGUCGCUACAAAUCGAAACGCGUCCAGCUGGAGAGUGCGUCCACGCCCAAAUGUGACACAACAUCCGCGGCGACCGGUCCCAGAUGUCCUUCGGAUUCGGGAUCUAGCAGUAAGGAUUACGAUGAACUGUCGCUCGGAAUCGCGGUCGGAUCAGGCUCGGCACCUUAUGGAGGUGGGUUCCAAGGGCCAGUUUCGGCGAUAGGUUCCGCGAUGAGCUCGUCGAUCGGUGGAGGAUCAUCGACAGCAGCACCGCCACCUCCCUAUCCGACUUAUGGCCUCCAGUACUCCGACCAAUACGGCUCCACACCUCCACCUCCACCACCGCCAAAUCCGUACUACGAUCAAAAGGUUUCAUCCUACUGGUAG